UUACUCUCCAUUGAAAGAAACAAGACCAGAGGGAGAAGCAGAUCGUCAAAGGGGUCCGAACAGGACAUCACGGGUCCGAAUUAUAUUCACAAGACUGCAAUUUUAGCUUCCCUUUUAACAACAACACUUGCCCAAGAUAAAAAGGUAUGCCAAAAAGAAACUAAAGCUAAGGUAGAUCAUUCACAAUGAUUGAGUCUUGCAACUGCAUUGAGCCGCAAUUGCCGGCGGAUGAACUCUUGAUGAAAUAUCAAUAUAUUUCAGAUUUCUUUAUUGCACUGGCUUACUUCUCGAUUCCUCUUGAGCUUAUUUACUUUGUCAAAAAAUCUGCCUUGUUUCCUUAUAGAUGGGUCCUUGUGCAAUUUGGGGCAUUUAUAGUGUUAUGUGGGGCAACACAUCUGAUAAAUUUGUGGACUUUUACAAUGCAUACACGAACCGUGGAAAUAGUCAUGACCAUUGCAAAGGUUUGCACAGCUGUGGUGUCAUGUGCAACUGCUCUGACGCUUGUACAUAUUAUUCCUGAUCUAUUGAGUGUGAAAACAAGAGAAUUAUUUUUGAAAAAUAAGGCUGCAGAGCUUGACAGAGAAAUGGGUCUGAUUCGUACACAGGAAGAGACAGGACGACAUGUUCGGAUGCUAACUCAUGAGAUCAGAAGCACUCUUGAUAGGCACACUAUACUGAAAACCACUCUUGUGGAAUUGGGAAGAACAUUGGAAUUAGAAGAGUGUGCCUUGUGGAUGCCUACACGUACUGGUUUAGAGCUUCAACUAUCCUACACUCUUCGUCAGCAAAAUCCAGUUGAAUACACUGUACCCAUCCAGCUUCCUGUUAUCAAUCAAGUAUUCAAUACCAAUCGUGCUGUAAAAAUAUCUCCAAAUUGUGCAGUGGCAAGACUAAGGCCUACUGCAGGGAAGUACAUGCCUGGAGAGGUGGUGGCUGUGCGUGUCCCACUCCUGCAUCUUUCUAAUUUCCAAAUUAAUGACUGGCCAGAGCUUUCAACAAAACGCUAUGCCUUGAUGGUUUUGAUGCUUCCCUCAGAUAGUGCAAGGCAGUGGCAUGUUCAUGAGUUGGAGCUUGUUGAAGUAGUUGCUGACCAGGUGGCAGUUGCUCUUUCACAUGCUGCAAUCCUUGAAGAAUCAAUGAGGGCUAGAGAUCUUCUCAUGGAGCAGAAUGUUGCACUUGAUCUGGCCAGAAGAGAAGCAGAAACAGCAAUUCGUGCUCGUAAUGAUUUCUUGGCUGUUAUGAACCAUGAAAUGAGAACCCCAAUGGAUGCAAUUAUUGCACUUGCUUCCUUGCUUCUGGAAACUGAGUUGACACCUGAGCAACGUCUGAUGGUUGAAACAAUUCUUAAAAGUAGUAACCUCUUGGCUACUCUGAUAAAUGAUGUAUUGGAUCUUUCAAGGCUUGAAGAUGGGAGCCUUCAACUUGAACUUGAAACUUUUAAUCUUCAUGCUGUUUUCAGGGAGGUUCUCAACUUAAUCAAGCCCAUUGCGUCUGUUAAAAAGUUGCUUGUCACAGUGAAUUUGGCUCCAGAUGUACCAGAAUAUGCCAUUGGUGAUGAGAAGCACCUGAUGCAAACAAUUUUGAAUGUUGUUGGGAAUGCUGUGAAGUUCUCCAAGGAGGGCAGCAUCACAAUUACUGCCUUCAUGGUGAAGUCAGAAUCUUUAAGAGAUUCUCGAACCCCUGACUUUUCCCCUGUUCCAAGUGAUAAUCACUUUUAUUUGCGUGUACAGGUGAAAGAUUUCGGUGCUGGAAUUAGCCCCCAAGAUAUUCCCAAGAUAUUUACCAAAUUUGCACAAACCCAAUCUACCAAAAAUUCUGGUGGUAGUGGACUUGGCCUUGCAAUUUGUAAGAGGUUUGUAAACCUUAUGGAGGGUAAUAUUUGGAUUGAGAGUGAUGGCCUAGGCAAGGGAUGUACUGCUAUCUUCCUUGUAAAGCUCGGGAUCCCAGAGCGCUUGAGUGAAUCUAAGCUGCCCUUUAUGCCUAUGGUAGCAGCCAAUCAUGGGCAGGCAAAUUUUCAUGGGCUUAAAGUCUUGGUUUUGGAUGAAAAUGGGAUUAGUAGGAUGGUGAUGAAGGGACUUUUAGUUCACCUAGGAUGUGAGGUAACAACUGUAAGCUCUGGUGAAGAGUGUUUGCGUGUGGUUUCUCAAGAACACAAGGUUGUGCUUAUGGACGUGUGUGUGCCUGGUAAGGAUGGUUAUGAAAUUGCUCUCAGAAUACGUGAGAAGUUUACAAAACUGCGUGAAAAGCCACUGAUUGUGGCACUUAUUGGGAAUACUGAUAAGGUCAUCAAGGAGAACUGCAUGAGAGUUGGUAUGGACGGUGUCAUAUUAAAACCUGUUUCACUUGACAAAUUGAGGAGUGUCUUGUCAGAUCUUUUGGAGCACCGAGUUCUUUUCGAGGCUGUGUAACCAUGGACAAACCAGGGGCAUGAAUUAUGCAUUGAUCUGGAAAGGGAAAAAAUAAAAAAUAAAAAAAAAAAAGAGAAAUUGCAACUUAAGAAUAUCUUCAUGAGGCAUUAAUAUUUCUGUGUACAUAGUAUAUGCAUUGUGAAUUUGAGGGGGUGCAAUGCAUACAAGGUAGAGCGAACAACAGGAACAUCAUGCUGAAAGCAUUUUUAUAUGCUUGGUGUUCUGCAACGUGUUAAGGAGGUUGCAACAUGCAAGAAAACAGCUGACAGGUUUUGGCUGGAAAUUCCACCGUUAGACUGUCCAGUCCGGGAUUCAUGUUGUUCAAGUUUAUUUACCGAUGGAAGUGAAACUACUAAUAAUAUUCUAUAAAUGAUUUCAGUUCAUGUAGUCCCUCAAUUUUAAAUGUUAUAGUUGUAUUAUUUGUUAUUGAAUCUGAGUGAAAAUUUGUAUUAACGGCAUUGUAUGUCUAUAACUUUCCAUCUUAUCAGUUACUUCACACUCUACAAAUAUUAGAGAAUAGAUAGAGGAAAUUCAG